UGUUGAAUUUUCUGGCUUUGUUUGAAUGCUGUUGUUAUAUCAUUAUUUUGUGAUCUUUCUUUCUCUUUUCAUUGUUAAUGUAUACAUUGGUUUUUUUUUUUUUUCAGAAUUCAAUUGAAGGUCUAAUUGGGUGUCUCUAUUUUUUACAUUCUGUUUAAUUUAUGUCAACUUUACAACAGACCUAGGAUGAACCAAUGGAAAAUUUUCCCUUCCAAGUUUUUAAAAUUAUUGGAAAAUACCACAAACUUAAUUAAAUUUUAAGGUUUUCUUUUUCUUUUCACUAUGUAUCCGUGUUUGUAUCUAGGAGUAUACAAUAUAUUAUUUUUUAAAAUGUUGGGAGUUAAAUAGAAUACUGGUAAUGUUGUUCCUUGUUUCUUCAUUAUUGUGAUUUCCUUUUCUUUUUUGGUUUUGUGAAUUGUUUAGGAUAUGCCGCAAUCCUAUGUCUGUUUAUUUGGUGUACUAAACAAGAUGUAGAGUAGACAAUAUAUAUUUUUGGGGAAAGUCUUACUUGAAAUAUUUAUUUGAGAGUGAGAGAUGGAAAAGUCUGAUUGUUAGAUGCUAAUUUAGUUGACAUAGACUUUGAUGAAUCUAAUGGAUGUUUAAAGCGGUUGAAAAGCUAAGGAAACGUUCUGGUAGUCCUUCAAAGUGAUAAUAUUUUUCUUUGAGAUAUUUGUUGGUUAAGUUCUAAUGUUUUAUUUGUGCUAAAUAUGCAAGGUUGAUUAUUUUUGUAGCAUUGACCCAAGAAAAUGGCAGGGGAGAGGGAUAAGAAUGAGAAUGAAUUUACCGACAAAGGGCAAUCUUCACAUCUUGCUGGGUAUGACGUUGGACACCCCCCUCCACAUGGAUCAUAUACACAACCAUAUCCACAAGGAUAUCCACCUCAGGGAUAUCCCCAACAUGGGUAUCCUCCACAAGCAUAUCCACCGGCUGGCUAUCCUCUUCCUGGUGGAUACCCACCAGCUGGUUAUCCUCCUCCAGCUGGAUACCCAUCAGGUAGUUAUCCUCCAGCAGCAUACCCUCCAGCUGGUUAUCACGUUCCAUCAGCUCCGCCUUAUCCCGGUCCAUCAGCUGCACAUCAUUCUGGACAUGGAUCUGGUAUGGGAGCAGUGUUAGCUGGUGGUGCCGCCGCUGCAGCUGCUGCUUAUGGGGCUCACCAUUUGGCCCAUGGUGCUCAUCAUUUUGGGCAUGGAAAAUUCAAGCAUGGCAAGUUUGGAAAGCAGUGGAAGCAUGGCAUGUUUGGGAAGCACAAAGGCUUUGGAUUCAAGCAUGGCUUAUUUGGGAAGCACAAACACUUUGGAUUCAAGAGAUGGAAGUAAUAGUUCCAGCGUGCAAAACUCAUCUAUCUGGGUUUACUAGUAUGGUUUUGUUCUUUUAAUUAUCUAUCUGUCUUAACUACUCUAGAUUUAAUUCUAGGUGUUAUAUAUAGUUUUGUCAUUUAUAAAUAAAUAAAGACUUUUGCUUCGA